AGCAGCAGCGUUAAAGUCACGCAACGUCUAGCGGGCACGCUUCCAUUGCUACUCACCUAACAACAAGAACAACCAGACGGACGACGACACUUCGACAUUGAAGGUCGCAGGCUCGCAAAAUGGACCUUUCGCAUGAAUUGUGGACCCUUGUAGAGACGACCCGUCAACAGAAGAGCUCAGGCGCCCCUUUUUCCCAAAACAGCACCUUGCAGACGCUCUCCAUCCCCCUUGAAGAACAGCGGACGAACGCAUCUCUCCUGAGCACCUCGCAAACCUUGGACGAGGCAGCUGUCAACGCCAUCUCGCGCGCGUCUGCCCACGUCCGCUCUCUUGUCGUUGCGUUAGACGCGGCCACCCCCAGCUCUACUGCCCACCUGCAAAACAGUCUCCUGCUCUCCGAUGCGGAGCUCUUGUCGGUAAGCAGUUCCUUGAAAGCGUUUACGGAGACGCUUACCAAAAUCAACGCUCUUGCUGCCGCCGCAAAGCGCAACGACAGAAGAGGGAAGAAGACGGAAGGAAAGCAAUCAAGUCAAAAGUCGCUGAUGGAGGAGGCCGAAAUGGGAGAUGCGGGGACGGGAACCGGUCUAGUCGCGCAUCUCCAGCAGGCGGUCCGCAUACAAGAGCAACGUGUGGCCUCCAAACGCCUGCAGGUGGCGCUCGCCAAAGAGGAGCUCGCGCUGUACAAGUCGGAGCUCUUCCUCUUUGGCCAUUGUGGAGUGCUCUCGUGCUCCGACGCGGUGGUGGCGGAGCUGACCCACUAUCAACCACCGUCCUCCUCUGCCUCACCUCCUUCUCCGCGAAACGACGAAAGAUGGCGUCGGCCGCUGGAUGAGGAACACGUGCGGCGGCGUGGAGUCCCGUCUUCGUCGUUCUCCGCUUCUCUGUCGAGGCCGUCACGGUCAGGGUUCGGCACGACAUUUCGUGUGGUGGACGGCAUGAUGCAGAAGGCGGCGCAGACUGUCAAGGCGGCGGGCAACCACGCCGACUCGGCGUUGCAUGUGGCGCUCACAGGGAGCCACAUGGCGGCGCGGCAGCUGUUGAGCGCCGGAACGUCCUCGGUGGACGGUAUCGUAAUGAUGGACGCUGAUGUGGACCGUAGACGAAUUUCUUCAAACGCCGCAGCGGAAAGCUCCACAGCUCUUUCGACAAAGACUGGUGUCGGUGCAAUUCAGCUGCCGCCCUUUACGCACGAUGAUCUAACGAAAGAGGAAGAGGCACGAUUGCAGGAGCAGAGUCAGGCGCUGCUUCAACUGCAGAACGAGGCCACUGCCCAGGAUGCGAGGGCCAUCGAGAUGUCGAUUCACGAGUUGUCGCAGCUGACGUCCCUCAUGAACGAGCAGGUGAUGCAGCAGACAGAGCAGUUCUCUAUUCUGGUGCGAAACACGGAGGCAGCGCACACCAACGUGCAAAAGGCGGUGGGUGAGGUCAAGAAACCACUGCGGGCCUUCUGGAACCCGACGCGGCAGCUCAUUGCCUUGCUUUGGGCUUGUAUGGCUGUGCUGCUGGCAGCGAACCGACUUUUGCGCUGA